GAGCAGAAUCUGUGGGAAGGACACAGCGAUGGCGUCGUGCAUACGCCUCGGGCGCGGCGCUCUGACAUUAAUAACAUAUAAUAAAUUACUUUCGCAGAGUAAAUUAGUGACGCAGAGUAAACACGUGUGGACCUCGAGCUUCAGAUGUGUGUUUCAGUCUCCGUCAGUCUGUGGGGUCACUCCUCUGAAUGUUCAGAUGCCGGCGCUCUCACCAACCAUGGAGGAAGGAAACAUUGUCAAAUGGCUGAAGAAGGAAGGUGAUGAAGUCGCGGUUGGAGAUGCUCUCUGUGAAAUUGAGACUGAUAAAGCCGUGGUGGUCUUGGAGUCCAGUGAUGACGGAGUCCUCGCCAAAAUCCUUGCGCAGGAUGGGAGUCAGGGUGUGCGUUUGGGAACUUCCAUCGCUCUGAUGGUUGCUGAAGGUGAAGACUGGAAACAGGUUGAAGUCCCGCCCCUUGACCCCGUAAGACCAGCUUCACCCCCGCCUACUGCAGAAGUCCCCGCCCCUCCUGUGGCCUCGAGGCGUCCGACUGGAGCUUCAGCACUGAUGCCGUUGCGUUUGAGUCCGGCUGCCAGACACAUUUUGGACACACAUGGUUUGGACCCUCAUCUGGUGAAGGCUACAGGCCCACGUGGUCUCAUUACUAAAGAAGAUGUUCUGAAGCUGUUGAAUGAGAGGGAUAAAGUCCCAUCAGCCCCCUCUGCUCCAGUCACAGCCGCCCCGACCCAGUCUCCACCUGCUGUCCCCACCACAGGCCGCCCCUCAUACCCACCCGUCUCUGUCCCCGGAAAACCUGGAGCUCCGGGCACGUUCACAGAGAUACCGGCCUCUAACGUCAGAAGAGUCAUCGCUCAGAGACUCACACAGUCUAAGAGCACCAUACCUCACUCCUACGCUUCAGUGGAAUGUGAUGUAAGCGCUGUCAUGAAGCUCAGAAAAGAGCUGGCCGAAGAGAACAUCAAGGUGUCAGUCAAUGAUUUCAUCAUCAAAGCCGUUGCUGCUACACUCAGAGAGAUGCCUGAGGUGAAUGUGACUUGGUCCGCUGAUGGACCUCAGGCUCUUGACUCUAUCCACAUCUCCAUCGCCGUGGCAACACAGCGUGGCCUCAUCACCCCCAUCAUCAAAGAUGCCGCUAACAAAGGCCUUCAGGAGAUAGCAGCCACUGUAAAGGCUCUGGCUCAGAAAGCACGGGAUGGGAAACUGUUACCAGAGGAGUAUCAGGGAGGAUCAUUCAGUAUCUCUAACCUGGGCAUGUUUGGCAUCAGUGGGUUCAGUGCUGUAAUAAAUCCUCCUCAAGCGUGCAUCUUAGCAGUGGGCGGCACCAGAGCCGAACUGAGGUUGACACCUCAGAACCAGGACAGCUUGACUCCGGUUCUCUGCACCCAACAGCUCAUGACCACCACUUUAUCCAGUGACGCACGGCUGGUAGAUGAUGAUCUUGCCUCACGCUUUCUGGAGAAAUUUCGUGCAAACCUCGAGCGGCCUCAGCGUGCCAGUCUGUCAUAGAAACUAUAGCAGCAACACUGAAGGGCUUAGGGUGAAAUAUUCUGAUUUACUGUCCAUAUUUAUUCAUCAAGUUGUACAUAGUUAUGAAGUUAUUCCAAAUCUCUGUUAAUUCAUCGGUCAAUGAAUAACUUUCACUGCAUACUGUACCAUAACAGCUUUUUCUUAUUGGAUAGAGUUCAGUUUCUGAAGCAAAAUUAAAUCAUCUGAUUAUUAAAUUCCACAAAACCAUCUUAUUUCUGUUGAAACGCGGCCUGUUUGCUUUGGCUGACAGUCAAUAAACUUCUCUUCUGCUGUUCUUUGUCACAAACCUAU